GACAGUCGUUUCCUCAAGGCACAAAGAAUGCAAAACACGCGACCCCUUGCAUGCUCGCAUGCGGCACGCGGCCGCGGGGUAUAUAUCUCUCUAGCUAAAGGUGUGGCUUUUGUGAGCGCACGUCGCGACGAAGGCCGUGAUGGAACCCCAGGCUCUCGUCAAACUUUGGAUUUUCGUUUUUGCUUACUGUGGUUUGCAUGUUGGAGAAGGUUUUGCUGCGGGAGUUUGUGUGUUUACUCAGUAAAGAACUCUGCAGGUGUACAGCACACAUGUAAUCUGUAGGUUUCAUCAGUGCGAGUGUUGUUACCACACUGAGGAAAACUGAACUAGGACUUUUCCAACUUCACGGGGCAUAAAAAUGCAUGGAUACCUAGAGAGAAAUUACUUUAUCUUCAUUCAGGUACAGAUGGAAUAGUCCUCUCUUCAUCAGUGGAGUCUGAGAAUGGACAUGUAACAGUGUGUCCUGAUACCACCAUCACAUUCACCUGCUCAGACACUCUAGUCUUGGGUAUGGUAUGGUACGCUCUACCUCUUCUCAAUGAAGACAACUCUCCUGCUCUGGGAUCAGACACUGAUAUUGGAGAUCCUCAUAUGGUGGAGGGUGUGUUUGCUAUCACUCUAGUGGCCAGGGAACUGAUGAUGGGUGGCUUUCGUGGCAACUAUACCUCAACUCUGGAUGUGGUGGUGAAUGAUAGAAUACAGAAUGAAACAAAUGUCACCUGUUUAUACACCAUCUUCUAUGGCCUCUCUUCUCAUUUUUAAACAAGGUUCUCCACUUUCUCCUCAUGUGGACUUCAACAUAGAGAGUCAUUCUGUAGAGAACUUCACAACCUGCCUCACCUGGCAGAGACAGAAGUCUGAUUUGUACUACCUGAUCAACACUAGCUCUGGCAUGGAAUAUAAUCAAACCUCCACUGAACUCUGUCUGAGAGCAGAGUAUAAUACUCCUCUACAAGUCUCAGUAGUGGCUGUGAAUUGUGCAGGGGAAAGUGAGCCAAUGACUACUGACAUCACCAUACCUGGCUGUGGUCCUCCCAGUCCACCAGUGAAUGGCAGUGUUGGUGAGUGGACCAGUUCCAGAGUAGGAGCACAGGUCACCUACUCCUGUGACACCCACCUGGUUCUGGUGGGAGAGACUGUGGCCACAUGCUCUCUCCCUUCUCUAACAUGGCUGCCAAGUAGUGAUGAUGUC